UGCUGUUGUCUAUUUUGACCACGUCGAUGUCGCACGCGAGUCAGUCCGUGUUUGUAGCAAACUACCACGUACCUCCAUCGAAUCGGGUGACCGUCCAUGCGCCUACCCCCGUCGGCGCGCGAUGUCCUGCCGCUUCCGCGGGACUACUUUGAGUGCCCGGAGCUCGCUCAUGACGAGGAAGAGCGCUUGAUCCAAGUCGCGCGGAUGAGUUGCCGGCGGCUCAUCGAAACCACGUACAGUCCCAACGCCGAGUGGUCGACAGUCAGUGUCAAGAACGGCGUUCGCAUCAGCAAGAAUAUCCAGGCGCUCCUGCGCGAAGACAUGUCGAGCAUCUCGGACAACCAGCACACAGCGUCGUCGGGGUACGUCAACACGGGCGAGGACGCAGGGCCGUCGUCUGCCAAGCUCAUCCGCGGCACGACCACCGUGAGCGCGACGAUUGAAGAGAUCGCGCUCCAGUUCAAAGUCGAUCGUGGCCACAACCUGAUGAAGUCACGCAAGGACAUCCUGGACAGCAUGGUGCUGUACAAUCUCGUGCGGCCGACCGGCGCCCGGCCCCGCGAUUACGUCGGGAUCUUUUGGGAGUGCGUCAAGUCGCCCGUUCCGUUUUCGCAUCACCGAGACUUCCUCUACCUCGAAUGCCAUGAGGAAUUCCACACGCCCGACGGACGCCGCGGAUGGAGUUACGCGAUGCAUUCGAUCAACCUCCCGUGCUGUCCGCCGCUGGACGCGCUCAAGUUGACGCGGGCGACGUUGAGCAACUCGGGGUUUGUCUUUAUCGAAACGCGCAAAGUUGGUGAGAUUGAGUGCCACUAUUAUCUCGACUUGGACGCGAAAGGCCCGCCGCUCGUGUCCGAGGUCAUGGCACGGCGCAAGAUCUCAGCGCUGUCGCACUUGAACAAGGUGCUCCAGGAGCAACGCCUCGAGUCGGAGACGCUGCUCGGUGACUUGGAGCUGCCCCAUCAGCUCCAUUCCAAGAUUGAAUGCGUGCUCUGCUACAAGCGCUUCCAGUUCUUUCAUCGAAAGUUCACGUGCCGAAAAUGCGGCGAGGUCGUGUGCAAAAGCUGCCAGUCGACAUGGGAGCUCGACUUGCCUGGGGUCGGCAUCCGUCAAAUUUGCAUAUGCACGUUGUGUUCGGCAAACUCGCGAGGCACGAGCAGCCAUCCAGACACGUUGGGCCGCAUGCGAGAAGUGUACGAGGAAGGGGAGGCGAACGUCGGAGAUCAUGCCGACCGGCAGUCGGAAGGGGGUGCCACCAUGGUCACGGACAUCUCGUGCAGCAUCAGCCAGUACUUUGUCCAGCAGCAAGAAAGCAGCGAAGUCGGCUACGACUCGAGGUACCAUCAGCCACAUCAUCUAGGGCCGCCGCCUGUCCACUCGAGGGAGAAUAUGGGGGGGCCGGUCCACUGCGAUGACCAAGAUCAUGUAUACGCUGACCCCAAGCCGUUCAAGAGCCAUCGUCGAAAUCCUUCACCGCAGCACGUUCCGGUCUCCGCGUCUGGAGUUCCGCCCAUGCUCAUGGAUCACGGUGGCGAGUCCACUUCUCGGGGCGGAACCAACGGUCAUCCUGGAGGCUCCCAUGGCCAUUCUGUGCCGCGGCCGGCCAAAGUGCACGUACCGCCGUCCACUUUGCCAUCGCCACCGCGGCCGACGAAGUACCUGUCGGUCGACAUUUCGGAUCCCAACGACGACGUGAUCUCGCUCGGGUCGGAGGAACGGUUUUCCUUUCAUUCGAGACAGCCCAAGCGCCUACACGGUCCGUCGCAAGGACUUGCGUCGGCGCUGGGGUCUGUCCGACUUGGGGCGGUCGUCCCUGAGACUAUUGACGACGGCGAUGACGCCACCAACAGCUUUCAUCGCAAGUCGUCGCCGCACCGACUCAGCUACGAUGCGUGUGCCAAUAACCUCGUGAACCCGACGACGUGGAAGCACCCGGCGUCGUCCCAAUCCACCGGGGGGGUGAGAAUAGACAUUGGAUCGAACAAACGAUUUGGCUGAAGUCUUCGUACCCCUCGGUAUAGACAACGAACUGCUAUAUAUCAAAAAUACCUGCGACUUCUCGUUCUUUGUCGCGCAUGCUUUGGUAUAUUUCGCAAGACUCGAUACAUUUUCGCUAGAAAAUAUUAUCUGUUUAACAUAUAUA